GUCCAUAGUGCCAUAUUCACAGGUAUUCAGGUGAGCGGGUCGCUCAACUCUUGGCAGUUCGACCCAUGAUGGCGGUACGCCAAUUGGUGUCAGACUGCUCCCCUAUUCUCCUUGGAUGAGCAAUGUGUCGUUGAUAGUCGACUUGGCCUCUUUCCUCUUGGCCACGGCGCCAAGCUUGCUCGACAGAAGAAGACAUAAGCCCAAGUACGACGAGCCGUCUCACAAACCAUGCCAUCGCAUCAUGGCCGACCCCGCCUGUCCACGGGAUACCGCACUGGCACAGUGUGUUCGCUGCAGACCAUUCCCAAGGGCUCGAGAAUCAGCCAAACCUGAGAAUUUGCCGCUUCAAAGCCCAGCCAGACGAAAGCUGGGCAUUCUUGGCUGCAGACACCAAGCACCUUCAGCCUGUAUCCCCCAUCCUGUCCACCUUGCGCCCGCCGCUUCGCCGUUCAAUGAGGCUGUGCAAGCAAUGCCAAGACCUGCGAGGAUGGGUAGUUUCGCCCUGGCUUCAACUCUCGCCGGUCCAGGGGGGGAACCACAUCGCCAGCGCUUUACACUCAAUCAGAGGAGAAGCAAUCAAAACGAGGCCUUCAACAAGUCUUGGCAUUGCUCCUCUCACAUUGUUUGGCCGCCACAUGCAUUUAAUUUGCGCGAUUUAAUUAAGGUUCUAGGAGGAAUACCCGCACACUUUGUGCCGUCCUGCAUGGUCAUCAUCCAUUGGCUGUGCCGCCAGAAGGCUCGCCGAUGUGCCACGAGCCCGAUGAGCCUGCCAAUGCCACGGAAAUCUACCAAGCUUUCCGGCGAAAUCUUGGAUGCACGACACCCGAGCGAGAAAACGACCGCGUGCACCUUUAGCAACACGACUGCCCGCACACCUGGAUGUAGCCGCACACUACAAUGACUCUUCCGAGUUUUGUGCCAUCGUCCACACUGGAACUCUCCACGUUUGGUCGCAGUUAUUCCGGGCUUAAUCAGACCAUCAUG